AUGAAGUCUCUUCUUCUCCUGGUCCUUUUCCUCUCUUUCUUUUUCGGCUCUCUCUUCGCUAGUAGACAUUUCACCUCACUCCCCCAUCCAAGUCAUCUUCAUGUCGGAAGGACUACGGGAAAAGUGAAGUGUCAAAGGAGGCCGGACACCGUGCAGGUGGCUGGGUCUAGGUUGCCGGACUGCUCACAUGUGUGUGGUUCAUGCUCCCCAUGUCAUCUUAUGAUGGUUAGCUUUGUGUGUGCAUCGCUAGCAGAGGCUGAAACUUGUCCCAUUGCUUAUAAGUGCAUGUGCAACAACAAAUCCUACCCUGUCCCAUGA